AGGUGGUUCGUUCUCUACGAUGACGGGGAACUGACGUAUUCUGUGGACGAACACCCCGAAACGGUGCCUCAGGCGAGGAUUGACAUGACCCGCGUCCUGGAGGUAGCCGCAGCCGAGGACAUCACUGGGCAUCCUUACAGUCUUGCCGUAACCUCACCGGAAGGUGUGACCUUCGUCAAAGGGACAUGUCGUGAAGAGACCAGGUGGUGGACGGACGUUCUCCAAGUGUAUUCGCGAAAUAAGGGUCGUCACAAGCGAAAUGCAACCUUUCCCGGUGGGCAGACGACGAUCCUGCAAGUUACACCGACGAUUCGAAGUAACACGCCAAAUCCACCGCGACCGCGUUUCAAUAGCUGCCGAUCGGAGCCGCGCAGCAGCGCAUGGAUUCCUGAAACCGGUGGCGGAACGUCGGAUCUGUGCUCUUCUGUAUUCUCGUCUACGCCAUCCUUGGUGACGACUAGCGUUGUCACCGCCACCAGUAACAACGUCCUGACCAACGGCAACACGGAGAGCGUCUCCGAGAUCAGGAAUAGCCUGUCGCCGUUGCGUGCUCUCGAGAAUGGUUCCACCGGAAAUUAUCUGACUGUGACGUCAACCACAUCAUCGUUGAAUGGCAACGUCUACAGCACGAUCUACUCGACCUCCUCGACGCCCGUCUCAACGGCGACGACGACGACGACGACGACGAGCAGCAUUGUUUCGUUGGCCGAUGAGCUGCCGAUGAUUCCCAACGACGGCGCGAGAUCGACGAGCUAUCGAGAUCAACCUGCUAGCAGCGCGUCACCGCCGACCCGGGACAAACUCCGCGCCGAGGACAAGGCCAGGCGCAGGAUGAAUCAGCAGGGCGAGCGGACCGGCAGCAUCAUCGGCGACACGACCGGCCCAGCCUCUGGCGAGAAACUAGAUGACGACGCGUGCCGAAGGAUAUUUUUGGAGCAUGAACGAGAAAGAGAGGGAAAGCUACGAGAUAUUGCAGCUUCAUUAACACAGCCACGAAUGAGAAGAAUCAAGCCAAGAACUUCGGAGCCAACCAGAGAUGUCGUGGAUGCGGUCAAUGCGGCUCAUCAGGAUAAACUUAUCAGAGGCGAUCCCGAUGGCUGCGGUCUAGACAUUUCCGGCAUCAGGUAUUCACCCACUUCCGAAUUGAGAGUCGAUCUGCCGGCAGAGGACUUGCUGAAUAUCAAGAAGGGCUGGCUGAUGAAACAGGGCUUGAAUAAGGAAUGGAACAAACAUUGGUUUGUGUUGAGAGGUUGCGGGCUGAUGUACUACAGAGAUCCUUGUGCGGAAGACAAGGGCAUCAUGGACGGUGUUAUAGACCUCAAUACUGUCACCGCGGUCACGUCGCUUCAGGUCGCACGAAAUUAUGGAUUUCAGACUGUCGCCUGGGACGACAGAGGUAACACGGUGCUGUCCGCGGUGACAGCCGGCAUUAGGUCCAGUUGGAUGUCGGCCAUCAGAAGAGCAGCCAAUUUACCUGAUCCUGACAGUAACGAUUCUCUUACCGUUUGCUCAGAUACUCAGCAAGAGACGAAUCCGCAGUCGCCUACUACAUCGAUUACGGAUCGUGAAAGAGACUCCGUUGUUCCAUCGACAUCCAUCACGCCCAGAUCGGUUCUGUUCUCGUCUGACGAAGAGUAUAGAACCGCUUCCGAGGGUGGUCGAAGAGAGUCAGGUGACUGGUCGGAGAUGCCGAUAUCGCCACCGCUGGUGAGAAACGGUGAUUGGCCUAUGACGCUAAAAGGUUCCGGCUGGUCAGAUUCAGCAAACCACGAGUGGUCGGAGUUGCCACCGUCGCCGCCAUUAACGAGAACCGCACUGUCGAGGGUGAAAGCUCGAUCUAGAUCGAGUUCCAGAUCGAGAGUCUACAAGAGAAGCCGGAGCUCGCCGCCAAGUUCGCGGAGAAGUACCUUGGACAGUGUAAGAUCAGAAGAUCUAAUGAUGGCUUGUUGCGAACUUGGCGAGGACGAGGAGCAGAACAAUGGCCACUUGCAGAGUAACAACUGCCUUUCAAGUACCAACGACAGUCCUCUUAUUGUCGAGCUUUUGGAAAAUCAAGUGUCACUGCUGCGCGAUCAGUUGGAUCAAAAUCAGUCUCAUCCGAGUACGUUACUAGUCAUUGUCGAACGUCAGGAAAAUGAAAUUGAGAACUUGAAAUCGCAGCUGAAUGCAGCACGAACCGACAUUGCAAAUGCGGAGAAGGAACUAUCUAGGCUUCGACAACAGAAAGCAGAGGCGUCUAUCAGGGAGAAACAAGUGGAAGAACUGUUGAAUACGAUACAGAGGACGGAACAGCAGAGAAAUAAAGAUCUAGACGAUUUGGAGAAGAUGAAAAAGGUGUACAACAGGGAGAAAGAAGUCUUAGAAUGUAAAUUACUUGAAACAGAGGCUAUCCUGAGAGAAACAACAGAGAGAUGCGAAAUGCUUACGAACGAACUAACAUCGAGUCACCGAUCUGUCGAGCAUCUACAGGCGGAAACAGCAGCUCUUAGCAAUAGAUUAUCACAAGGUAUCGAGGAAAAUGAACGGCUUUAUAAUAGAAUGAGAGAAUUGGAGGAAAAGAAUGGACUUUCUGCUUCGAGGGAACGUGGAAGAAGCUUCGAUUCGCUGAGCGAUUUGACCAAUAUUGAAUUGGAUUUAGAUUUGACUGCAUUGGACAAGGAAAGAGUUAUGGAGGAAUACGACGAGUUGCGAAGCCGUUUUGAGAAGGCUGUCAUGGAAAUUCGAGCCAUGAGGAAAGAACUACGAGAAGCUCAUGCUACACAAGAUGUUUUGGAGUUGGAAAUCUUUGCCCAUAAGCAGGACGCAGCUAACGUCAGCGAGACAAAUCAAGCACAGAUUCAAUUAAUGGCGGCGAGAAUCCAAGACCUGACUAAUAAGUUAGCUGCCAGCGAAAAACAAAUUAGAACUCUAAAGCAAAAAUUGACAAAAGCUGAAAGCAGAGAUAAGAGAAGAUCACUCUCUCUCAAAGGAAGAGAAUCUUUCCAGAUCUCUCAGGAGGUAGAGGACAAACUUUUGGAUCUAGAAAACAAGAUCUGCGCUAUAGAGAGAGGCAAGAGCAUUAGUGCUCCUGUUUCGGCUGGCAGCAGCUCGAAGGAAUCGAGUCCCAAUCCGAAAAAAGAAAAAAGAAGAGAAAGCAAAAAUCUGGAUCGGGCUAGAUUACGAAGAAAAUCCUUAGAUAGCGCGACAAGUUCUGAACCAAUGAAAGUGUUGAUUAGACUAAGUACUCUAGAAACGAAAGUUGCGAGCGUUGCUGAGACCAUGGUCAGUGACGCGGAAAAAGACUCCAGUGAAUGUAGCGAAAUCAGUGGGUCCUCCGAGGUAUCGUUGGAAGUCCUGGCAAGACUGAAGAAACUGGAGAGAGUAGUGUCGAAGUCGAAACGACGAUUGGAGAAGUGUCUUGGCUCGACGCAAGCGGAAGAUAAAGCCGAGAAGUGUUUGCGCGAGGUGAACGAAAUAUUGGACUCGUGCUUAGAAUGUAAGAAAAACCAGGCUAGCGCUCAAAUCACCGAGUCAGUAGGGGUAGUGGUAUCUAGGUUAGAAACUAUACUUAAGGAUAAAUUGAGCGAACUCACAAAGAGACGGCAGUUGCUGGCGCAGGAAGGACGGCUGGACGAGAGGGAGAAAAUGAGACUCGUCGCCGAGAGAAUAGCCUUCGAGUCGGUGAUCCUGCGACAGAUAAAGUGCGCGCUGAAUCGCACGACAGACAGAAGCGCCGUUUUGAGUGAAUUGGUCGAAACUAGUCAGCUUGCCUCAAGCUUAAAGCGUAAGAUUCAUGGAACUAAGCCCAAAACGUACCAAAAAACGAGUUACAUUCAGUAUCUCACUAAAGUGUUAGCGAAUAAGUUAGUACUGAUAGGAUCCUCUACCGUGUCGACGGAAACGCCGAAGGAGAUUAGUGCCGCUCGCAGCGAAAGUCUAAACUUUCUGCUGCAGAAGCAGCGGGAGAUCAACGAGAUCAUGCGAAAGUACAAGGACGCGAAGUUGCGACAGCUCGCGGAAUCUCUGGCCGCCGAGACGUUGAGUCUGUCCGAGCAGGAAGAUCUCGCGGGUAAGCAGAUCAGCGGCUCGAACAAGAAACUACUCGAGGAUAGACGUAUUCGCGAGGCAUGGGCUUUAGCACAGGAGACCGUGAGCAAGGAACUCGUGCAGGCCGAAGUGUCUCACGUUAUCAUGCGUUACGGACAAUUGUAUGAACAAAACAUCACUUCAAUCACGGACAUUUGUCUCAGCUUCGAUAACGCAGACAAUAUUAAGCUAGAAUUGUGGAUGGACGCGGCGCAAGCGCGAUUGCGUCAAGAAAUGGAGAUUUCCAUACACGAGCUGUCUGAAGCUUACGAGGACUGUCUGCGUACGAUGAAGAAGAACAAGUUGACGACUCUCGACUCUAAGCAUGAAUCUCGCCAGCUGCUUACAGACUACGCCGACAUAAUUGCGCACAAAGCUUUAAUAGAUUCCAGAAUCGCCCUCCUUCAGGAAACCACACGACAAUCAUCUACAGCAUUGUCUGGCGAAACUUUCGUAUCUAGUCUUAUUCGAAAUGAAGAGAUCUUUUCCUGUCUAGCAAACGACGAGGGAUACGAUCUUCAAAGCAAUCCGAUUCUCGACGCGGAGUAUAGUUACCUUUAUCAGCGAUUGACUAAGGAAUGCGAGGACAGGAUAUCUGGAAGGAGAGAGUCGAAAGAGCAGCUUAAGAACUUCAGUCAGUCGUUGUUUCACUUGGAAGAGAAUCUAGCUGAACUCAGCAAAUGUAUAAGAGACAAAACGGGCGUGAAAAUCGACAAUAUAAUUUGGCCUAAAUCGGCGAACAGCGUCACGGAUUGGUCUAGUGUAUGCGAAAAGUGCUUACAUUUACGAGAACAGAUAAGGAAGCUCAGCGAUUACAUGAAUAGUAUGUCGUGUCAGACAUGCAAUCAAUUACAGGAAACUAUUCAGAAAAUAACUAAUGAACAUAAUCAGGAAUUAGAAGCACUCAAGUGCAAUCAGGAGAGAGAUUUGAUAGAUAUUAAGGGCGAAUUGGAUAGCCAGCGGCAAUCUUUGACGACACAAUACGAGCAGGAAGCGGCCAGUUUACGUGAGAGAGCUAGGAAACUGGAGCACCGUCUUAACGCGAUGGAUUCCGAGCAUUCGGCUCAUGUGAACGAGUUGAGAGCUGCCUAUCAGAGAUCGAUGAGCGCCGAAUUGGACACUGAUGCUGAGACGCGAAAACGGUACAAGGAGGAGAUCAAGCAGUUACGCGCAUUAUGCGAAAAGGGUUUGUUGGCUAUGGAGAACUCGCACAGGCGUAUUAUUGCCGAGAUGGAAGAGAAACAUCGGCAGGAAUUGGAAAACCUCAGGGUGGAAAAGGAACAGGCGCUCUCCGAAGAAACGCAAGCGACUCUGGCUGCACUGGACGCCAUGAGAAAAGCACACGAACACGAAGUGCAAAAAGAAAUCGCCAAAUUCAAGCAGGAGUUUAUCAAGCAGAUGCAGGCGCGUGAGGACAUCGGCGUGCUACACAAAGAACACGAGGAAGAAAUGGAGGAGAUAAAGCAAGAGAUUCUUUCUCUGUCCGCAAAGUAUUCGUCCAAGUGCGUGGAGUCAGCCGCGUUGGAGGAGAAAGUGGGCAAUCUGUCCAAGCAACUCGCCCAGGCGCAACAGCACAUCAUGCAAUUGGAUGCGAGGAACAAGCAAUUGCGAGCGCAUCUGGUAUUGGAGACAAAUGACAGCGGUGUCAACGAUACUAUACAGAUUCUAAGAGGUAGGGACAACGAGUUCGCCGAACCGAGGGAAGAAAUACAUCGACUGCAACAAUUCAAGGUGGCACAACAACAGAGAUGCGAGUCGGCGGCGGCACUGGCACCCAGCGGUGGCAGGAGACCAAGCAGAAUGAAAAGCAGCAACUCUCGCAGACAUACACCCUCCGUGCCAACACUCGUCACACAUCCCGCUUCACCCCGGAACCCUCAGCUCUCUCCGUUGCAGAGUUGAUGAGGUCUCCAGCAGUGAGAUGGUCCAGCAGAAGUUGUCGCAGCUUACCUCCGACACCCACACCGAGUUACCA